AUGACGGUGAUAGACUUGAUCACGAGAGUCGACGCUAUUUGCAAGAAAUACGAAAAGUACGAUAUCGAUAAGCAAAAAGAGGCCAACGUCACCGGCGAUGACUCUUUCGCCCGCCUUUACGGCGUCGUUGAGUCCGAAAUCGAUGCCGCUCUCCAGAAAUCGGAAGCUGCUGCAACGGAAAAGAACAGGGCUACGGCGGUUGCUAUGAAUGCGGAAAUUCGUAGAACAAAAGCUCGACUGCUUGAAGAACUCCCCAAAUUACAACGACUAGCUCUCAAAAAGGUAAAGGGGCUUUCAAGAGAAGAGCUUGAAGCUCGGAACGAUUUGGUUUGUUCACUGAAAGAUAGGAUUGAAGCAAUACCGGAUGGAUCAACAGCUGCAGCCAAGCAAAGUGGUGGUGUUAGUGGGGGUUGGGCAGCUUCAUCUUCUUACACUGGCAUUAAAAUUGACUCAUCUUCAGAUGGGGCAUUCGAAAGUGAGUACUUUCAACAGACUGAAGAGUCUGACCGCUUCAGGCAAGAGUAUGAAAUGCGCAGAAUGAAACAGGAUCAAGGUUUGGAGGUUAUAGCAGAAGGUUUGGACACGUUGAAAGACAUGGCUCAUGAUAUGAAUGAGGAAUUAGACAGACAAGUACCAAUGAUGGAUGAAAUAGAUGAGAAGGUGGAUAGGGCAGCCUCUGAUCUGAAAAGCACGAAUGUGAGACUUAAGGAUACUGUUAACCAGCUGAGGUCAAGCCGCAACUUUUGCAUUGAUAUCAUCCUCUUGUGCAUAAUUCUUGGUAUUGCUGCUUAUUUGUACAAUGUGUUGAAAUGAGACAAUCUUUCUACAUCUAGUACCACGAUUUUGCUCUUCUGUUCUGCUAACGGGAUCCAUUUGGUAGCUUAGAGCCAACCCAUGGUGUUGGUAAGAAAAAUUUACUUCCAUAUACAAAAUAAAACUGUUGAGGAGCUGCAACUCUGUCGUUUAGUACAACGGAAAAAACCUGUGAAAAACCCGAGAAGUACCUGACGCAUGCGUAUGAACCUAGCAAACCUAUUUGCAUAGAACGUAGUAGAAGUCUAGAACUGGGACAAGAAUCCUCUCCUCGGAUCUCAAUCAUGUAAAAACGAAGGCAACGGUUGGUUAGUUGUUACUUUCUUGUUUGUGUCGUGUUUCUCGUACUUGUUCUAUUAUUGAAGUCUUUAUAGGGCACAGCCAAGGACUCUUAAACAACUGAAAACCGCAUCAUGCUGUUAUUAUUAUCGGAUUGUCCUUGGCAGCAUUGUCUGCCAGUUGCCACCUCA